CUUUUUGUUGGAUUGUUUUCAGGAUUUGCGCCUAUUUAUGAGCGAGAUUCAAGAGAAGCUUAAUUUCAUUUUGCAUCCAAAUAAAGCAUCGUUACCAGAGAAUCUAAAGGUCGACGCGAUCCGUGUCCAUCGUCAAUCGUUAGACAUUACCUCCAGCCUCUGUCAAAAUAAUGGUUUCAUUUCUUCUAAAGCAAAAGAAGUAUUACACUCCUCUGGGAAGGAAAUUGGCCCAAACUUACUCGCAUCACCAUCUUCAUGUGCUGAUGUUAAAGUUUCGCACCAAUCAGAUGACCCCAGCUUGGAGACUCCCGAUCCAGCCACGCAUAAAGUCAAUUCCCGCGCAAAGCGUACACGUUCCAAACGGAAGUUAUUAGAGAGUAUCCCAGAACCUCCGCCUUUAUCGCCGCUACCCAGUCUCAUUCCGGCUAGUGUCAGAAGAGAAUUCAAAAAGCCCCGGCGAGCUGAAAACCCAGGAAAUAUCCACAGUAAACAGUGAAGACUAUGCGGGAACUACAGAAUAUUGUACACCGAUUAAGGAACGCGCGCAUCAAGUUCACCGUCUGUUCAUGUUAGACUCACCGAACGGUCCCUGCCUUAUUUAACAAGGCAGUUACCAUCAGUUAGACCUGGCGGGCCACGCCGGUCCAUUCUUAACCCUUAAAUUCCAAGA